AUGGGACGUGUCCGUUUGUCAGCUUCAUCCAACAUGUCGGUCACCACGUACAAACAGGGUGACGCGAUGGGCUCUGAUACGCUAGACAAAAUGACGGUGUAUCAGAACUGUAUUGCGUCGUUCAACAGCCGCAAAGUAAGUGCCCGGGAGGCACGGUCCAACCUGAGCAAGCUGCUGAAGCUGCUGUACCAUGGUGAGACGUUUCCUCAAGAGGAGGCUACCGAGCUGUUCUACACUAUUUCCAAGCUUUUCCAGAAGCCGAGCCCCGGUCUGCGCCAGUCGACUUACUUGGUUUUGCGCGAACUGAGGCCCUCUGUUGACUCUACGCUCAUGCUUGUUGCCGCAAUCAUGAAGGAUGUCCAGGGAGGACCCGGGCAGGUAUACAGGCCGGACGCUUUGAGGACAUUGGUGAACAUUGUGGACGAGUCGCAGCUUGAAUCUAUCGACCGGCUUAUGCGUAUGGCUAUUGUCGACAAGGACGGCUCUAUUUCCAGCGCGGCCUUGGUUUCCGCGUACCAUUUGCUGCCCAUUUCAAAAGAAUCGGUUAGACGAUGGACCACUGAGAUCCAAGAGGCUCUUCACGCCAACAAGGUCUACAUGUCAGCUGCUCAGGCUCAUACUGGAAUUGACACCCGUAAUCCCCAGUCGGCUAUUGUCCAGUACCAUGCUUUGGGUCUUCUUUACCGUCUUCGUUCUCAUGAUCGCAUGGCCCUGCUCAAAAUGAUCCAAGAUAUGGCCUCGGCCAGUAUGAGUAUGCGCAGUCCGCAAGCCUUGGUUCUUUUGAUUCGGUUCAUUGCUGGUAUUGUUGAUGACGAUCCCAAGCUCCGUCCUACGUUUGUGCAAUUCCUGGAAUCUUGGUUGAAGCAUCGUAGCGACAUGGUCAACAUCGAGGCUGCCAAGGCAAUUCUCGGUAUGUCUACACUUUUGCCUGCCGAAGCAACCGCGGUUGUUGAUGUUUUGCGCGUGUUCUUGGGAUCUCCUCGGGCGCCCUCUCGGUUUGCUGCCGUCCGUCUUUUGAACCGCUUUGCUAUGCAACGCCCCGAUCUUGUGGCCUCCUGCAACUCAGAGCUUGAAAAUUUGAUCACAGAUCGUAAUGAGUCUGUGGCAAUUUAUGCCAUUACUGCUCUUUUGAAAACCGGUACUGAGUCGAGCGUCGAAAGACUCAUCGAACAGGUCGGCGGUCUUAUGAACGAUAUUGCCGACGACUUGCGGGCGAUUGUUGUUGAUGCUAUUCGUUCACUUGCCCUCAAGUUCCCUGCCAAGCACCGCAUCGUUCUGACAUUCUUUGCAGAGCAGCUGGAACACUUGGCAAGUCUCUCUCUUAAAACUACUGUUGUGGACGCAUUGACCGACAUUAUGGCGGCUAAUCCGGAGAGCCGUGAUGAGGUUCUCAGUCAACUUGCCGACUUUAUCGAAGACUGUGAGUUCCCCGACCUUAUGGUUCGUGUUUUGCAUGUUUUAGGUCAGGAGGGCCCCCUGGCAGCCAACCCUACCCAGUAUGUCCGAGCCAUUUACAACCGAGUUGUGCUUGAAAACUCGCUGGUGCGGGCAGCAGCGGUCUCUGCUCUUGGCAAGUUUGUUUUGGUUGAAGACCAUGACCUGCAGCAGAGUUUGAAGGUGCUCCUUCGCCGCUGUCUUAAUGACGAGACUGAUGAGGUUCGUGACCGUGCUGCUUUGGCGCUGGGUGUCUUCGAUGACGGCCCCGAGGUUGCUCAGGCGUUCUUCAAGCCUCCUGUCCGUCUUGAACUAGUCAGUCUCGAGGACGCCUUGCUCGACUACAUGUCUGACCCCAGUCAGUUCAGCCAUGCGUUCGAUGCCAGCAGUAUCCGUCGCUUGACUGAACGUGAGCGUAAAUCACAAAAGACCACAGUUGUGGAAGAGAAGCCGCUUGCUGCUCCCAAACCGAGCACUCCGGUUCCUCAACCCGAAGACAGUUUACGUACUGUUCAGGCCCGCCUUGUGGAGGAAAUGCCCGAGUUCUCAAGCUACGGCAAUCUGCUGCACACUUCUGCUCCUCAGUCGCUUACCGAGGAUGGUGUAGAGUACCAGGUUGUUUCUCGCACGCAUGUCUACGGUGACCGCUUGGUUGUCCAGCUUGAGGUGCAAAACACCUUCGAGAUGUACCUGGAGAACGUCGAAGCGGUUCUUGAUUUUGAGGAGCUUGAACUUGCAUGUGAGGCAGCUACUGUCAUUGAAAAACUGCCGCCCCACAGCCAGGACACACUCUACGUUAUUUUCGAGCGCGCGUCAGUCGUCCUGGGCGCUGUGCCUCUGCGUCUGCGCUUCAUUGUUAAAGAAGACGAGUCCGACCCCGAUGCCCAAGAAGAGGAGUACGAGAUCAACGAUCUUGAGCUCCUUCCUGGCGACUACAUCACUCCGUCCUACAUUGGCUCCUUCGACCACCAGUGGGACGAGCUGCCCGAGGAGGAAACCGUCACACAACAGCUGCCUGCUGCUCGCACUCUUCCCGACGCAGUUUCUCUAUUAUCCACCCGGCUUGGCCUCAUGGCUGUUGAUGGCUCUGACGCGGUCGAGCCUGACGCCGGUACGCAUACUCUUAAACUAUUUGGCCGCAGCGUCGAUGGCGUCCCCGUGGCCGCUAUGGUGCGUCUACUGCGUACCGCCCGUUCCGGAGUCGCCGGCAAGUUCAUUUUCCGCUCUAACGACGCCGACUUGCUUGCUGCUGUAGCGGAAAACUUCUAG